AUGGGACACCCUCGGCUUGCGAUCCGACCACAGCUCCUAUUCGAAGAGAAUGAAGAAAAGACGGACUUCAUCGGCGCAGUGAAGUGCCUUGCGGAGAAGGAACCGUUGACUCCGGCGGAGCUGGCUCCCGGCGUCCGCAACCGUUUCGACGAUUUUCUUGCAACGCACAUCAACCAAACGCUGAGCAUACAUGCUACAGCAAACUUCCUCGGAUGGCACCGUUACUACAUUCGGACUUUUGAAAAAGCACUGCAGGAGGAGUGUGGAUAUCCGGGGCAGCUACCGUAUUGGAGCUGGGGCAAGUAUGCACUCGAUCCCGUCAACUCCCCGAUUUUCGACGGAAGCGAAACGAGUUUGGGAGGAGAUGGCGCUCACGUUCCGUACGGCGACUUGUGCAUCCCCAACUGCGACACUCCGAACUACGUUUUUCCGGCUGGUAAUGGAGGCGGUUGUGUGACAAGCGGACCUUUCAACAACUGGACGGUCAAUCUCGGGCCGGUGUCGAGCACGAUGCCGGGCAUUGAGCCGAACCCGCAACCGGACGGACUGGGCUACAAUCCUCGAUGCUUGCGUCGCGAUAUCAAUCAGUACAUUUCCUCAUCCUGGACGAAAGAUAAUGACACGGCCUGGCUCAUUCGUGAGCAUGAUGACAUUGGUACAUUCCAGAGAUGGAUGCAAGGUGUUAUCAGCUCCAAGUUCUUCGGCGUGCACGCUGGCGGCCACAUGACGAUUGGCGGAGACCCUGGCGGCGACUUGUUUGCGAGCCCUGGAGACCCGGCAUUUUACCUGCACCACGCCCAAAUUGAUCGUGUGUGGUGGAUCUGGCAGAACCUUGACCCAACGCGUCGCACGCAUACUAUUGCCGGAACCAUAACUAUUGAGAACACGCCUCCGUCCAGGAACGGAACGUUGGAUGAUUUGAUCGAUCUGGGGGUCAAUGCGCCGGCGAUGCGUUUGGGUGACGCUUUGAGUACUGUUGAGGGGCCAUUCUGCUACGUUUACGGGUGA